GUCCGCGUGUCACUGUGUGUGUAUCUGUAUCUGUGUGUGUGUCUUUGUGUCGGGAUCGACGCUCCGUCGCUGUGCGCCCCUGUGUGUGAGUCCGUGUCUCUCUCCCUGUGUACGCGCGAAGCACGGUGUGUGUGUGUGUCGCCCUCCAUCUCUCCUUUCCUUUGUCGUUGUUCCUGCAAAUACGCGCGAAAACGGCGCGCGCGCACACACGUAUUGGCGUCACCCGGCGGACCGCAGUCAUGGUAAACAAUGAGUCUCAGCGCGGUAUGGCAUGGUAAAGCGCCACAGACACACACAGGAGUGAGUGCGCUGAGCUGUUGUAAAACCCUGAGAGGGACAAAGAGGUAAAGCACGGUAAACAACGAGAAGGUCAAGCAUGAUCAACCACCACAGAGCCUCAGUCUGCCAGAGGCAGUAGGAUAACCCGGGAGGGAGCAGGGUAAAGCAUGGUGAACAGCGUGGGGAAACAAUGAGGGACACGAAGAGCUAAGUGUGGUAAACGAGGAGAUACUGUGUGGUAUAGCAUGGUGAGCACUGAGAGAGGCAAUAGGGUAAAGCAGGGUAAUUAAUUAUUAACUUUUAUUUAGCUGACGUCUUUGUUCAAGGUCACUGGCUGUGUUAGGUAAUCAGCUUUACACUGAUUUACCCAUUUAUAUGGCAGGGUAUUCUUACCGGAGCAAUUCAGGGUAAGUACCGUGCUCAAGGGUACUCGGCAGGAGAGGGAUUUGAGCUGGGCACCUUCAGCUUGCGUGCGGUGGCUCCAACAGCUACGCCACCUGCUGGUUUAGCGAAGAGAAAGACAACAGUAUAAACCAUGGGUAAGCGCCUUGAUCAAGGGCAUUACAGCAGGAGGUGCAGUUCGAACCACGGCCCUUCAGAUUGCCAAACGAGCCCUAAGAGCUGUGCCACCUGCCGGCCCAGCGAUGAGAGAGACACCAAGGAGUGUACCACGGCGUUUGAGUUUGACAACCCCACAGUGGAGCACUUCACAGACAGCGACUUCACCCCGGAGGAGUCGGACUACCUGCAGUCUCGCUCGAAGGCGGAGCUCAUCGCCAUGGUGCUCUGCAUGCAGAGUGAGAUGGAGAGCCUGAAGGAGCAGAUCCGGUGCCUUACAGCCUGUGGCAAGCUGGCCAGAAACCUGGAGGCCCUGAUCGAGAGGACCCAGGAGUGGUCCAAUGGCAACAACAAGGCUCCCAGCAUGCCUCCGGUGGCCACGGUGGAGGGCGAAGCGCUCAUGCCUGCUCUGCUGAACGGGCAGUGGGUGAAGCAGGAGACCUCGUCCCGGGAGCCGCAGCCGGAGCCCAGCGAGGAGCCGCAGAGGAACGGAGUCUAUUCGGAGGAGUCGUUGACUCCUCGUGUCCCCCGCGUGUCUCCUCAGUUCAUCACCCCCCAGCUGCUGGAGCGCUGCAACACGGGCACCACGGCCCAGAAGCUCACCAAUGACCUGCUGCGCGGCCUCUACGAGCGCGAGUGCCUGGCGUCCCAUUCCAUCUCCGGCAUCGUGUAUAACAAGCGGGGGCAGCCGAAACCGGCGCUGCCGGCCGACGAGGUCCAGGCCAUCCUGAGAACGGUGCAGUACUUCUUCCCCGGGAAGACGGACGCGGAGAUCAAGGGCUACAUCCGCCAGAAGCUGCAGAACGAGGCCAAGCGGCUGAGGAGGAAGCCCCAGCUCUCCAUGAAGACGGACGCGCACGUGGAGCCCCGGGGGGCGGCCGGCGUGUACACGUAGAGGCCCCGCCCAGCGAGGAGGCAGGUUCCAGUGCGGCAGCGGUGGCUGCAGGAGGGUCCCGCUCACUUCGAAAGCAAUUACUAAACGAAGCCUUUGUCUGAUAGCCACAGACAAGCAGCGCAUUUCCCCCUAUUGGGAGGAAUAGACACCAGUGUUACACUCAGUUGGCAUAGAAGGAGAGUUCAGAAGUUGUUCGCUUUUUGCUUUUUCGUGUGUUUGAUUGUCUUUGUGAAAUUCUGAGAGUUGUAUCUGUCCGAUACCUGACAAGAAAUGAUCGUGUUCGGGAGAAGUGCGGUAUUACUUGAUUAUACCCUGUUGAAUUCCAGUGUAACCUUCACUUUCUCCUCGUCCUCCGGCUUCCUGUAGUUCAGUCUGCAGUAGGUACUCAUAUGAGCUGUUUUCUGUUAUAAAGAUUAGUUGCAGAUUUCUCCAAAGGAAAAAAAAA